UUUAUACUUGCUUAGUAAGAGGUUUUCUACUCACUCAAAAAAAACCCUAUAAUUUUCUGAGAACACUAUAAAUACAUCUAAGUCGCAUUUUCUAAUCUCACCAAACAAUAAACACUUCUUUCAAGCCAUGUAGAAAUAAACACCGAACAUGUAGAAAUAAAAGUCAAGAUUAAACGAUUUUGAAAACAAUAGUUUGUUUUUUUUGGGUGAAUUCAAUAGAUAUAGUACUAACACAGUUUUUGUUUCUUUUAUUUUGUUAUAAAACCUUUCAUAUUUUUUGUUUUGUGUUCCAUACAAAGAUUCUUUUGGUAUUGACUAAUGAUUGAAUUUGUUAUGUCUAAUGCAGAUUUUUUUCUUAACUUUUCCUUGAAGUCAACAAGGCUACACUGAACAUGGAGCUAGGGUUGUUGGAGUUCUUGCCAUGUCUAGAGUAAUUGGUGAGUGAAAUCUAUUGUGAUUCGACUUUGUAAAACUAUUUUAUUCUGGUGGAAUAGGCUUUGGACAUGAUUAGGUUUGAGUCGUUGACGGACAAGAGCAAGCUCGAUGGUCAGCCUGAGCUAUUCCUUCAUAUCAUUCCCGACAAGACUAACAACACCUUGAACAUUAUCGAUAGUGGGAUUGGGAUGACUAAGGCUGUUGCUACACCUAAACAGAUUAGAGAUCUCAUGAAGGUGAAGGUCGAUGGUUUAACUAAUGACGAAGUUAAAAGCCAUUUACAGAAAUAUAGAUUGCACACAAGAAGACCAGCUACUCCGGUAGUAACAAACGGUGGAGAAAAUCCACAACAACUACAAUUCAUGGUGGUGGAAGGAAUUUGGGUGCUGUCGCACGAUACAACGAAUAAUAGAGUUUACGCUCUGGUGGCGGUUCAAUCUUCACCGUCGGGAGAGAGAAGUAGACGGCGCUGCAAAUCGCCGACAACAUCUUCUACACACACCACACCGUCUUCCUCUAUCAUAGAUAGUUCACGAUUUGUAUGAAAAUUGGUUUUCUUCAUUAAUUUGUUUUGUAACCAAGAAUGUUCGUUCGAGGUUUAAGAUUUUUGAAUAAAUUUGUAACGAUAGAGAUACAUUACACACAAUUGAAUAAAAUAAGAAUUUUGAUCU